UGAACGGCAACCACAUGCAAACACGUAUCACUUUGUGUUCGGGCUCCCCGAGGAUCUGCAGCUCGAGCCAAACCUCUGAAAUCUGAAACGGCAGCAAUCAGGAAUCAUCCAGCAUGACGGCCGUAUCCCUAACGGUCCUCUGCCUGCUGUUGCUUGGCCCCUUCGUCUGCAGCGGCAGCAAUAUUCUGGUUGUACCUGUUGAUGGCAGCCACUGGGUCAACAUGAAAGUGAUCCUGGAGGAGCUUCACACCAGGGGCCAUGUUCUCACAGUCCUGCGCUCUGCCAAGAGCUGGUACAUCCCCAGCAACUCCUCCAUUUACACGUCCAUUAAUGUCUCCAUGCUGGAGGACGAAUCGGACAGGAACUUCUACAAUAAGAUGAUUCAAGAUGUGACAGCUUGCCGCAGCUAUCCUGCCUUCAUGCGUAGCUUUUGCCAACAGCAGGUGAUCACGUCUAUGUUGGAGAAAGGACACGAGAUUCUGGCCCGAGCAGCUGCGACCAUGUUAGAUGACCCGGUGUUCAUAAGGAGGUUACGGGAUUCCAAGUUUGACUUGAUGUUGACAGACCCUGCUUUGACCUUAGGGGUUCUUCUGGGUAGUUACCUCAAGCUCCCGAUGGUUUUUAAUGUCCGCUGGAUCAAUGCUGGGGAGGGCCAUUCAACCGUGGCUCCGUCUCCAGUGUCUUAUCUCCCUGUGCCAGGAAGUGAACUCAGCGAUCAGAUGGAUUUUCUGGAGAGGACAAAGAAUAUGAUGCACUAUCUCUACAGUGUUUAUGAGCAGCGUUUCGUCAUCAACGCUGCAUACUCAGAUCUCUUGCAGCGCCACUUCCCUCCUGGAACUGACUUGCUGUCUUUGCAGCAUUCAGCUGAUAUCUGGCUGUUCAGAGCCGACUUUGUCUUCGAGUUUCCUCGGCCCACCAUGCCCAAUGUGGUGUACAUAGGAGGGUUCCAGUGCAAGGAGGCCCAGCGCCUCUCUGCUGAGCUGGAAGCCUUCAUGCAGAGCUCUGGGGAACACGGGGUGGUGGUGAUGUCUCUGGGGACGCUGGUGUCAGCCCUGCCUCCUGGGGUCACAGAAGCCAUCGCCGCUGCUUUCGCUCAGCUGCCUCAGAAGGUGAUUUGGAGGUUCGUAGGUGAAAAGCCUUCAACUCUUGGAGACAACACCCUAAUGGUAGACUGGUUGCCCCAGAAGGAUCUCCUGGGACACCCCAAGACUCGCGUUUUUGUGGCCCAUGGAGGAACCAAUGGAUUGUACGAGGCCAUCUAUCACGGUGUUCCCGUUCUGGGUCUGCCCCUCCUUUUUGACCAGUUUGACAACCUACUCCGACUGAGGGUGCGUGGUGCAGCUCGGGUGGUGGAGGUCAGAACAUUGACUGAAGAGAACUUCCUAGAGGCUCUGAAGGACCUUAUUAAUAACCCCUCUUACCGCAAUAACAUUCAGCACCUCUCUCAGCUGCACCGAGACCGCCCAAUGCCUCCUAUGGACACGGCCAUCUUCUGGAUUGAGUACGUCAUCAGAAACAAGGGAGCGGCCCAUCUGCAGUCAGUAGGGUUCAGCUUGCCUUGGUAUUCUUACUUCAGUCUGGAUGUAGCUGCUUUUAUGAUGGCCAUAACUGGGACCUUUAUCUGGGGUUCAGUCGUUGUCUGUAGGUGUCUUUGCUGCCGGAGGUCCAGGAGAAAGAUGAAACCAGAGUAACUCAUCAAAAUGUGACUCUUUUUGUACAACUGACCAAUGUUGCACAUAAAGAGACAAAGCACUGAAUCAUUGACUUAUAGUAUGAUUCCCAAACCUUUCUGCCUCACAAUGUAAACUGUUGUAACAAAAAUAAAGUUUUAAUCAACAAGAA